AUGGCUGAAGAAGCGGUAAACAAAGCUCGAGGAUACAAGGCAACUCUUUCGAAUCCCAAUGUAUCAGAGAAUGCCAAGCAGCAUGCCAAAGAUGUCCUUGAUAACGAACUACAAGGUGGAAAUGUCGGGGUGAGCGACGAAGGUGGAAAGGAUCCUGGAAACGUGGCCCGUGGUUUGAAAGCUGCAACCAAUAAUCCUAAUGUCAGCGAGGAAGGUCAAAAGGCGGCCCGGGAGAAAUUACAGCAAAUGUGA